AUGAACAUAUUAAACACCCUAUUGUUACUACUUUUUAUAAUAAAGUGUUAGUCUGAGACACUUAUUUACUCAAAUUAUUUUAAUAGCCGCUCCGGAGGUAUAUUCUAGAUUUUAAUAUUAGAUUGGUAUAUAAACUACUAUAUUAACAAUUGGGAAUCAUAUUGCCACUCAAAAUGGAUUAUGGGAGGUUAUUAAUGUUUUGACUCUCGAACUUUCAUUCAAAAAACAUUUAAGCUCCAACCACAUUAUUAAUUAAGAUUUAGCUUUUUGUUUUGGAGGUUUAAUAUUUAGAAAUAAUUAUAGAAUAGACUAUUGGAAUGGAGAUCGAUUUAAAGUUUAUAUAGAUAAUAUUGAAAAUCAUAAUUAAUAAUAUUAUUAUAGUUCAAGUUUAAAUAAUCUUUGUGGAAGUUCAUCUUAUUAUGAUGAAACUUUUUAACUGGAUUUGAAUACUUAUCAUUAUAGCCCAACUGUUUAAAUAUUAAUAUCAGGUGAAGUAUAUUGGGGAAUUUCAGAUAUUUAAUUAUUUAUCAAAAAAUGUCCAGAAGGUUGCGAUUCUUGUAACUAGAAUGGAUGCUACAGUUAAAUAUUAUAUAUUGAAUAUUUUACUACUUAAUAUUUCAAUCUUAAUUCAAAUGAAGUAUGGUAAUCUGACAAUGGUGUUUUUUAUUACUAUCUGCUGAAUCCAGGAGGUAUUGUUACAAAUUAUUUUAGGUUUUUAUAUUUAUAGAUUAAUCACUUGGUCCUCAAAAAAAACAAUAUAUCUUACACCUCAUGAUGCUGUUAGUAUUUAAUUUAAAAUAAUAACUAUAAAUUUAUAUCAUUAAUUUGAAAUAUUAAUUGAUGAUAUGUUAGUACUUGUUUUAAAUACAGCAAGGUAAGUAUCUCUUACCUCUAGUUAUUACAGUUAUUAUUAUUUGAUCACAAGUCAGAUUAAUAUUCAUUAAUAUAGGCAUAACCUAAAUUAGAUUACUUUAACAAUUAGAUAGAAAUCUAGUACUAGUUAUACAUCAAGUUCUUCUGCUUAUUAUGGAAUUAGAGAUUUUUAAUUAUUUCUUAAAACAUAUGAUAAUUGUUUUGAUGAUAAUAUUUAACCAUUUGAUGGAUGUUUUGCUAAUAUUUAUGAUUGUAUUAUAGGUUGUUCAAAUUGUGUAAGAGGUAUAUGUUUGAAAUGUUAAGAUGGAUGGGAAUAUUAUGAAUAGAAUAAGAAUUGUAUACCGAUAUGUGGUGAUUCAAUAAUAACUUAUUUUGAAGAAUGCGAUGAUGGUAACACAUAUCAAUAUGAUGGGUGCUAUUAAUGUAAAUAUUCAUGUCCAUUGAAUUGUAGUAAAUGUUAAUUUGGGAAAUGCAAAUAAUGUUAACCUAGAUAUGAAUUAAUAAAUGGAUAUUGUAAAUAUAAUUGUGAUGGUUAUGAGAUUUAGGAUGAUUAAGAAAAUAGAAAUUGUAUUAAUAGAAUUAAUAAUUUGAUUGAGAAUGGUCAUUACUAACAUAAUCUAUUUAAUAAUGAAAAUUCUAAAUAUACUUUAGUCAGUAGUUUAACAUGUAAUCUAUAAGAUUUUGGAAUUUUUGGAUAUUUUUAUAAUUAAUGUAGAAUACCAGUUAUACAAUAUUGUAAGGAAAGUCUUUAUGAUAAAUGUCUAGAAUGUGAUGAAUAUUAUAAAUUGGAAUAUAAUAAAUAGAAAUGUACUCCCUUAUGUAAUGAUGGAAUUGUAAUAGAGAGAGAAUAAUGUGAUGAUUAAAAUAACAUAUAAUUUGAUGGAUGCUACAAAUGCUAAUAAAGUUGUUUAUUGGAAUGUAUAAAUUGUAUUGAAAAUAAAUGUUAUUAAUGUCUUGAUGGUUGGCAACUUAUAGAUUAUAGUUGUUAUCAAUAUUGUGGAGAUGGUUAAGUAGCUAAAUCUUCAAUGGAAUAAUGUGAUGAUGGCAAUUAUAAUGAUGGAGAUGGAUGUUAUGAAUGUAAAUUUGAAUGUUUUCCAUUUUGCAAAUCUUGUGCUGAUAGAAAUACAUGUUUGGUUUGUGAAUAAUAUUUCGAAUUAUAUAACAAUUCAUGUAAACCGAUAUGUGGAGAUGAUUAUAUUUUAAUCGGAUUAGAAGAAUGUGAAGAUGGAAAUGAUAUACCUUAUGAUGGUUGUUUUAAUUGUUAAUUUUAGUGUGAAAAAGAAUGCUAAAUUUGUAAAUCAGGAUUAUGUAUUGAAUGCAUUGAAGGAUAUAUGAUUAUAAAGAAUUAUUGUGAAAUUAAUAAUUAAACUUAAAUUAUUAUUGAUGGAGAAGAUACAUAAAUAUAAAAUAAAUGUGGAAAUGGUAUUUAUUCUAAUGAUGAAGAAUGUGAUGAUGGAAAUUUAUUUGAUGAUGAUGGCUGUUCAAUUUUAUGUUAAAUUGAAUCUAAUUGGUUUUGUAAUAACUAACUAAAUAAAUCUAGUAUUUGUAAUCCUUAUACUAUUAUUAAAUUGUAAUAUCUUAAUAUAACUUAAUAGAUUUAAUAUGUCUAAUUAUCAUUUUCUAAUAAAGUUAAAUUAAAUCAAACUAUUUCAAAUUUUACUAAUUUUAUUAAACCCUCUAUCCCAUCUCUUUAAUAAGAUAUAUAUGA